AGAGCUCAUCCAGAGCUCAAUCAUCGCCCCAAUCGACACUCCAGGCAUACCGACUUGAGAAUGUCUUCAGAUCUACCGCUUCAAAUUGGAGAGACGUUACAAAGUCUCUCUAUCAAUCGCAAUCCCUCCACGACCCAUGAUAUCAACCCGAGCACCGCCGCUUCAGAAAAAGUACCCGUGACGGUCGAGGAGACAACUCUGGACGCCGAGUCGUAUUCUUCGUCGCUUGCCGGCUCAGAUAUUGACGAUGAAGAAGAAUACUCCUAUAAUAUUAUCCGCCCAACACGCCGGCGGCAGUCACUCCCUCCGCUUCCGGAUCUGCGAUUCGAACAGAGCUAUCUAGCUAGCAUUGCGGACGCGGAGACAUACCAGAUGGUUGCAUAUAUCACAAUAAGAGACCAAGUAAUCCUCCCUCUGCUUCAAGGCACGAUGUGGACACUUGCUCUCCAAGGCUGGCGUCACUGGAACAGAGGCACAAAGCUCUCUGGCAAAAACGCUGGUGCACGGAUUCGACGCUGGUGGUGGAGGGUCAACAACUGGCCACUAGACCAGAGUGCAUCUUCAAUUAUAAGGUCGGCGAGCAAGGACAAGAAAUUCGCCUUUAAAACCAAGGAGUUCUAUGAGAUGCAACAGAGUUCUGGUGGAGAUUGAACAAAUAUAUAUAAUGGCAACAUGGGUUGAAACGGUGGAGGAAUAUGGUCGCGACGGCUGCGAUGGAUUUACACCACUUUUUUCGCAACCAUGAUGGGAUAGCAAUCUGGCUGGAGUUUGGAGUUUGUGGAGCGUCAACGUAUAUUGGCGCCUGGGAGCAUAGAGCACAUCUUUCAGUGCCGCGAGUACUGAUACUGGCCUGGAGUAUUAUUCUCCAGCGACGUCCAGGAGAACAAAUACCCACCAACGGGACAUAUCCGGAAAGGAAAGAAGGGCUUGUAUAUAAACAUAUACUACUUCGUGUUACAUUCUAUAGACUCGAAGUAGACCAUGUUGUACAUUAUAAUCCAUGCAUUGAGUCUGAAACUCGUGUCUGGUCUGGUCCGCAUAUGCUUCAUUUCAACAUUAUGGUACUGAUAAGUAGUUUCGAAGACAAUACUGGAUAUGGUAUUCUAACUAUGAG